GCGCUACCCCGUCUCCAGGCGCCAUGGCCAGAUCCCUCCAGUCCCCCGUUCCGGCCCGCGCUGAGUGCCAGGGGCGGCCGGGGGCGCCGUUGGGGGGUUCUCCAGUGGGAGGAACGGGUUCUGUGAGGUCAGCGCGCCGCGACCCGGGUCACAAUGCUGCCCUCCUCGACGCCCGGGUCCGGGCACGCCGCAGAGACCUGCCCGGCUCCGCCUGGACCGGAGCGUUCUCCCGCGGCCAGGGCUCGGGCAGCUGCUUCCAGCCUGGGACCGGUCUCAGCCUCCGGGAGAGCGCCCCGGGGCCUGGACAUGAGCGCCCAGGAGCCACCGCAGGGUCGGAGAUUCCCCAUUGAGGCCGGAGACUCCCGUGGCCCUGCCGCCUCCCCCGAGUCCCAGGACAGCCCGGAGGCGGCGACGGAGCACAACCCGGUCAGGCCGCUUCGUCGCUGCCCCGGAUGCCACUGCCUGACGCUGCUGCACGUGCCCAUCGAUGUCUACCUGGCCAUGGGCGGGAGCCCCCGGGCCCGCGCCACGUGAGUGCGCCUGCUCCCUGCGGCUCCGCGGGAGCUGGGCGGGAACGAGGCCCCCCGCGGGCCACCACGGUGAGGUCGCAUGCGCCGAGCACGAGACAAUGAUGCACAUUUUAAAAUAAAUGAUGCACAUUUUAAUAAAGCACAGCAUAAACUGUUCUUUCCA